AUGGGCUCGGUGUACCGUGAGAAGUUCGACGACUCCCGAACAUCGGUCUCGUCCAGCCGACGCGAUGGCGGAUACACAACUGUGAAGCGCUAUGUGGUGAAAGAAGAUGACAGCCGCUCCUCUGUGGGCCGGGAGCGGCGGUUUGUCCCCGAACGUGCAGGCGAAAGGCUCGAGGAGACUCGGUUCGUUCGCCGUGAGGUCGAAGAGCCUGUGCGUCGCGAAGAACCCCGCUACACAGAGCGUGAAUUGGUUAUCAAGCGCGAAAGAGAUGAUGAACCUCGCAGAGACUAUGUCUACGACACACGACGGGAAGAACCUGUCACAGAGAGGGAGCUCGUCAUCAGACGCACAACUGAACGCGAUGAUCCUCAUCGGAGUGAUUUCGAUGUGACCCGGUACGAGGACCGCAAGGUUGUCGACACCCGCUUUCGAGACGACUAUGAGGUGCUGUCACCACGAGGGUAUGACGAUCGUGAUGUGCAACGAUAUACCCGUACCACCGACUAUUUUUCUCCUCCACCACCUCCGCAGACCAUCAUCAUUCGUCAGGAGCCCAUCAUUAUUCGAGAGAGAGUCCACGAUGACGACUAUCAAAUUGUCCGCAAGGCGGACAUCGACGAAGAACGUAGCAUCGUCCGCCGAGACCCGCCGCCUCGCUCGCCUCGUGGAGAAGAGGACUACUUCUACGAGAAAAAGAUCAGGGAGCGCAUUGACGACCGUCGCGAUGACGACGACUACUAUGAGCGUCGGAGUCGACGCCGGUCUGUGAGUCCUCAUGAUUCGGUCUCCCAAAGAGGCCGCGAUUACAGCAGCGACGACAGCAUGGUCUAUGUCCGCAAAGAAACCCGUGAAGAAAGCCCUAGUCCUGACCGUAAACGAGGCCUUGCUGCCGGUGUCCUCGCAGGCGUCGGUGCAGCAGAGCUUCUUCGAAAUCACAAAAAGAAAGAAGGCCGUGAUGUCCCCCAUGGUAUCGGUCGGAUGGGACGCGAUCUCGGGGCUGGCGCCUUGGGCGCUCUUACUGCCGAAGGUAUCCACCGUGCCAGGUCAAUGCACCGCAGCAAAAGCCGGCACCAUUCCCGAUCUGGGUCAAGGUCGCCAGGACGUUCUCGACGUCGAAGCAGGUCUCGUUCCUCAUCGCCGUCGAAACUCAAGACUCUUGGAGCGGUGGGUCUCGGGGCGGCCGCACUCGCAGCUGCUGCAACUAUUGCCUCCAAGCGCAUGAACAAGUCCAAAGACGAGGGUGACCGUGGCCGCAGCCGAUCGCGCUCUCGACGCCGGAGAGAGUCUGUUUCGAGUCUUGAAGACGAUCCCGAUGCGCCGACCGACGAUGCCCGUAAUCCCAAGCACCGCCGAAACACGAUUGCGAAGGCUGGUGCGGGCGGUGCCAUCGUUGCGGCAUUGAUUGAGCAUGCUAGAAGCAAGUCUCGGGCUCGGGACGGCAAGGAACGAUCCCGGAGCCGCAUCAGACAGGCACUCCCCGUCGUCGCUGCUGGACUAGGUAGUGCCGCUGUUGCCGGGUUAUAUGAAAAACAUAAAGCGAAGAAAGAAGCCGAAGAGAUUGUGGACGAGCGGCGUCGUGCUCGCUCACGGUCCAGAAGCCGGGCGAGAUCUGAGCAUGCGUACUACGAUGGGCCCGCGCAAGCUGCAAUGACUGAUCCGGGGCUAAUCGAAUACGGAAACGCACCCAUGUAUGGCAACAAUUUCGGCCCAGAUUACUAUGGGAGACCGCCACCAGCAGAUGGAUACUACUCGAACGCUGUUGUGCCCGCUGCCACAGGUGCAGCAGCAGGUUACGGGGCCCAACGAGGGACCAGAAGUAGAAGCCGGAGUCUGAGUCGUGAACGAGGUGGUCGAAGGUCGUCUCGCAGUUCCAGCUCCUCCCCAGACCGCAGCAGACGCAGACAUUCGCGCGAUGCCGCAAAGAUGACAGCAGCUGCCGCUGCAGGGGCGAUUGGAGCGACCGAGUAUGAAAAGAGGAAGCAAGAGAGACGCGAACGUCGCGCACGAAAGCGUCGAGAAGAGGAAGGCUACGGUCGUGAUCCUUACGAGGACAACUAUAAUCCCGGAGCACAGUAUGCCCCGACGCCACCACCUCCUGGACCCGUCAACGAUCCGUAUGCAAGUCAACAAGGAUUCUAUCCGCAAAGCAGUCAAUUCCCGCCUCCACCAGGAGCUGUGCCUCAACCGUAUCCCUCGCAAACUGGCCCUGGUACAGCUCCACCUGGUGCUGCCCCCUAUCCUGCACAGGCCUAUCCUCCUCCCCCACCACCUCCUGGUGCUCCGCCAGCUCCUGCUCAACCAUACGAUGCGUAUGCUUCUGGUGCAAACCCUUACGCACCACGUGGUCCUGAAAAUGUGAGUGCUGAGCCGAAUCCUAUAUUUGGCAAUUCUGUUGCGCCUACUUUUCCCAGUAAUGACCAGAGCCAUGUCCCAGAUGUACGCACGACCCUUCCCAAAAUGAUCCAAUCAAUCUUCCGCCACCGGCUCCCAAUCCCCCGCGUCAGGGAACCUAUUCUCCUCCAAGUGGACGAGGUGUAUCUCCUCCACGCUCGCAAUCCCAGCCAGCUCCAUCAAGUCGGAAAAGCGUGCAGUUUGUCGAGACUCCUGAAGUCUCUGAUGCUGUACCCGUGGAAUCGGAAGCAUCAAGUCCCGAACGUCACCGCCAUAGACACAAGCAUUCGCACUCUCGCGGGUAUGAAGCGGAAGACGACACAGAUUCCACUCCCGACGAGCAGCGUCGAAGAAGGCGAGAACAUUCGUCUCAAUCACUCGACCCAGACUCGGCCGAAGGUGGCGAUCGACGACGACAUCACCGGCGUCGUCGCUCUUCUGAACCGAGUUCAUCUCGAGGUGAACCCAGCUCAGGUUACCAAGGCUCAAGGCUCGAGCGUGUAA